CUCUAAUUGUAAAUACACUUCAAACUAUCUACCACUUAACAUGAAACUCUCUAUUCCGUUGAUUGCUUUAGCAGUGGCUUCUCAGGCCAACGCUGUUGCCGCCCCCGAAGGCAUGCCAGCUGCCUUUGCUGCCGCUGCUGCGUCCUACCAAUGCCACCUCUACUGUGGUAAUGCCAUCUUAGAAUCCAGAACUUGUUCUGGUGCCUCUGGAUAUGACACCAAGUGUUUGUGUGCCGCUGAUUCUGCCUUUACUGGAUUGAUCAAGGACUGCUUAGACUGUGCUUGGUGCUUGUGGGAUGACUACAGCAAAUAUUUGGUAGCUCCUUUGGCUGCCUGUAACUUGCCAACUGUCCCAACCGGUACCGAGUGCUCCCCAGGUGCUACUAAGGCAGCUGCCACUACCGCUUAAGAUAUGCGUGGUUUAGUACUGUAGAGCCGAU